AUGGCGGCCCCGCGGCUGCAGCUGACGCUGGCGCUGCUCAAGCCGGACGCGGUCGCGCACCCGCUGGUGCGGGAGGCCGUGCACGCCGCCAUCCUCCGCCACCGGUUCCUCAUCGUGCGCGCCAAGGAGCUGCGGUGCGGCCCCGAGCAGAGCCGCCGCUUCUACCGGGAGCACGCGGGGCGGUUCUUCUACCAGCGGCUCGUGGAGUUCAUGGCCAGGUACUGCCGCAGGUGUGCGGGGCGGCCCCGCGCUGCAGGUGACCCGCGUGUGGAGGGGCCGCCCGGCGGUGGGAGCCCCGCUGGGAGCCGCGGAGGGUGUGCGGGGUGUGGGAGCUGGGAGGCUCCGGCCGCAGGUGGCCCCAUGUGGGCUUACAUCCUGGCCCAUGAGAACGCUGUCCCUCGCUGGAGAUCCCUGAUGGGACCCACCAAAGUGUUCCGAGCCCGACACAGUGACCCGGACUCCAUCCGAGGAGCCUACGGCCUUACGGACACCAGGAACACCACCCAUGGCUCAGACUCACCCGCCUCAGCCAGCAGAGAAAUUGCCUUUUUCUUCCCCGAGUUCGACGAGCAGCGCUGGUACGAGCAGGACGAGCCGCGGCUGCGCCGUGGGCAGGUGUUCUACAGCCCCGAGGAGCGCGUGCACCGCGUGCUCCGGGCAGACGAGGCAGAGGUACAGAUCCAGGGAUCUGCGGGACAUUGCUGCUGUCCCUGUCCCCAGCAGUGUCCAGGGUGGAUCUGCUCAGGAUCCUGUGUGCCUUCACACAGGUCUGAGAGCUGCUGUCCUCAAUGCUGCUGAUACUUUACUGGUAUUUUUUAAAUUGGUUGUGAUUCCUGGAGGAUUUACUCAGUUUUGUGUGUUUUUCUUGUAGUUAUUAAACUUGACUGUUUUUACCUUUUA